GUGAGCUCACCAAGAAUGACUUGCCCGAUCUGUCUUGACCGUCUGCGAAACUCUACUUUUUGUGAGCCUUGCUUUCAUUCUUUUUGUUACAACUGUCUACUUUCGUGGUUUCGCACUUUGAAACGUUCAAAGCAGUCUUCUAGAGCAACUUGUCCCUUGUGCAAGGCCGAAGUGGCCGGUAUUGUUCACAGUGUUAAGAGCGAGAGGCACUAUAAAAGACGACAGUUAUCAAAUUUUAUUUGUGACAAGGAAAGUAACUCGUUCUCAUAUGCUAGAAGUGAUGUGUUCGAAACAACUUCGCUGUUUGACGCAGAACCAGGGUUUCUGACGGACCAGCACGUAUUCCGUCGACUCAUUUAUGCCCAGCGCCUCUGGGUUCAACCUUUGCCCUCCUCCCUCUAUCAUCAAAGUUCGAAAGGAAGCAAUGUUUUCUGCAAAGCGGACCCUAAACUUAUUCACUGGAUAAGACGGGACUUGCAAGCACUGUUGGGUUUGGAAGACGUAGAGGUGUUGGUUGUAUAUAUCAACGGGAAAAUUGAAUCUGGAAGCUCAAGAGAAGAGUUGAAGGAGUUUUUGGAACCAUUCCUUUUUGAAAAUGCGAACCAUUUUUUGCAUGAACUGUUUCAAUUUGCCUCUUCAAGAUACAGUCUGGAAGACUAUGACAAGGUUGCCCGGUAUGUUCGUCAGCAAGAAGUGUUUUCAACUAGAGAACCAACUAUACAGUGAAUAUUGGCCCAUGAGCGAAGUUUUUGCUACCGAGAUGAGAGAUAUAUUGACAAUUUUGCUGACCGGAAGCAAAUUCUUUGUUUGGAUUUGAAAGCAGAGGAGGAACGGUGCGAAAGACGUUGAAUCUGGUCUUCUUUCAACGUACUUGAUAAAACAAGGGUUCUCUGUUAUUUGCAUUCAAAGACAUGCAUUUUUGCAUUUCGAGUUUGUACUUUGCAAUUUCUCAGGAAUAUCCAAAUGGAAAAUAAUAUCAUGGACAGAACAUAGUUUAUUAUAUAUAGGAGGAUUUUGUACAAGCCAAAAUAAAUUUUCAGCAAGGAAGCUGAGUAGUCAAGUCACCUUAAUGUGCUAUCUCUCUUGUUUUGAGAAGCAUUGAAUCCCAUUCUACACCAGGUACAUUGUUCCUUUAAACAUCCAACGCUAAAAUAAGGAAUUAAGUGCCUUUUUGAACAAGCAUGAUAUAAAAGGCGCUGCAAGUAA